AUGUCUGCAGCCAUGAGGCAGAGGUUCGACCAGUUCCUUCACCAGAAGAACUGCAUGACUGAUCUCCUGGCCAAGAUCGAGGCCAAGACCGGCGUGAACCGGAGCUUUAUCGCGCUCGGUGUUACCGGGCUGCUCGCUUUGUACCUGGUGUUCGGAUAUGGAGCCUGUCUCCUCUGCAACCUGAUAGGAUUUGCUUACCCAGCCUACGUCUCAAUUAAAGCCAUAGAAAGCCCCAACAAAGAAGAUGAUACCCAGUGGCUGACCUACUGGGUGGUAUAUGGUGUCUUCAGCCUUGUCGAAUUCUUCUCCGACCUCUUCCUGUCCUGGUUCCCCUUCUACUACAUGCUGAAGUGCGGCUUCCUGCUGUGGUGCAUGGCUCCCAGCCCUGCCAACGGGGCAGACCUGCUCUACAAGCGCGUCAUCCGGCCCUUCUUCCUGAAGCACGAGUCCCAAGUGGACAGUGUGGUGAGUGACCUGAAGGACAGAGCCAAAGAGACUGCAGACGCCAUCUCUAAGGAAGCCAAGAAAGCUGCCGUGAAUUUACUGGGUGAGGAAAAGAAGAGCACCUAA